UCGAAUUAAAACCUUAAAAAUUUUAAAUUUUAAGUGUUCCCGCUAGGUACAAAGUAAUUCAAAUAAUCAUAUUAAUAAAAUACCAUUCCAACUAUCGAAAACAAGUGGAAAAUCAGCUGUUUUGUUUCGUUGGCAGUUAUCGAUAUGUCAUCAUUAGCGGAAUCCAAACAACACAAACAAAAACGGACACAUCGCCUCAAUUUGUUGAUUGCAUUCACUGCUAGUUCGCUGCCACGCUGCCAAAAUUAAAAGUUAUAAAUGCAAAAAACGGCGUACGCAUUCAGGGAUUCGGAAAACUCGCCACGCACAAUGCUUAUGCGUGACUGGCGUACCGCCUUGCGUACGCCAACCUAUCGAAUUGGCAAUCGCACCGUUCGCUUUAAUUAUCAUUUUGCAUUACUUGUGUUUUGUGCCGUGGUGCUAGUAUUGCUCUUUUUAUAUGCGCGACAAGGCAGUCGCAGUUCCUCCGAUGGAUAUUGGCUGCGCACCCAGUAUGCCAGUGAAGCCAGCUCUAUUCUCGCAAUACCAUACAAUUCAACGUAUCCACUGACACAGCCUUUGAGCGUGCAAGGCGGCGUUAUCAGCUAUCGUAUCGCUAUGAUAGCAGAUCUAGAUACCAGCUCUAAGGUUGUCAAAGCCGACGGCAGCACAACGUGGAGGAGCUAUCUGAAGAAGGGCUAUCUCACGUAUCUGCCAAAGAAGCAUGAGCUGCAAAUAAACUGGGAUUCUGGUGCACCAACAGUUCUGGAAUCAUCAUUUGCGUUGAAGGGACGUGGCAUGGAGCUCUCCGAGCUAGUCACUUUCAAUGGUAAACUGCUGAGUUUCGAUGACCGUACCGGGCUUAUUUACGAGCUGACCAAUGACAAGGCCAUACCCUGGGUAAUACUGCUCGAUGGCGAUGGUCACAAUGCCAAAGGCUUCAAAUCCGAGUGGGCGACAGUGAAGCAGCACACUUUGUAUGUAGGCUCCAUGGGCAAGGAGUGGACAACCAGCAUGGGUGACUUCGAGAAUAACAAUCCCAUGUAUGUCAAGGCUGUCAGCAUGGCAGGCGAAGUACGCUCGUUAAACUGGGUGGAGAACUACAAGAAGCUGCGUCUGCAAUCGCUUCAGAUAAGCUGGCCCGGCUAUAUGAUACACGAGAGCGCUGUCUGGUCACAGGUGCAUCAGCGCUGGUAUUUUCUGCCACGUCGCUGCUCAAAAGAAAAAUAUAAUGAAACUAUGGACGAGCACAUGGGCUGCAACUUUCUAAUAUGUGCGGACGAGCACUUUAAUGUUAUAAGUAUUACCAAAUUGGAUGGUGACAAUACGCCCACUCACGGCUUCUCCAGCUUUAAAUUUCUACCCAACACAAAGGACUCCAUAAUCAUAGCGCUUAAAUCGGAGGAGCUGAAUGGCAAAACAUCCACAUUUGUGACUGCAUUUAGCGUGGAGGGCAAAACAUUUUUGCCGGAGACACGUGUGGAGACGGACUAUAAGUACGAGGGCUUUGAGUUUAUAUAGCGAAUCGUCGCUGCUGUAACAU